AUGCAGUCAUUGGUAAGUUUUUUUUUGGAUAAAAUCGUUUUUGAAUGUAGUUUUCAUAUAUUCAAAAUUAAGUUGUACUUAUUUUUGAUAGCUACUGUACUCCAGAGUUCUUAUGAGGAUUUUUUAGAAGAGUCUGGGUUUCCAUUAACCAAUGAGCCAGUUUGGUUUUUGGGGAAGCAAUACAUUGUUCCUGCAGAAAAAACAAUUUUAGAAGAAGAUGUCUUAACAAGAUUUUGGUUCACAUACAGAAAAGGGUUUACUGCUAUCGGUGGUACCGGACCAACCACUGAUCAAGGAUGGGGCUGCAUGUUGAGAUGCGGUCAGAUGAUGGUUGCCCAUUCACUCGUGUGUAGACAUCUCGAUAGAGAUUGGAAAUGGUGCCACAAAAAGACCACCUCAAAGCAUAUGCAGAUGCAAGCCAGAUAUAAAUACCAACAACAAAUUUACACUAAAAUUUUAAAGCUUUUCUUGGACGAAAGAGAUUCAUACUAUUCGGUUCAACAAAUAACUAGCAUGGGUGCAUCUGAAGGAAAAAAUGUAGGGGAAUGGUUUGGUCCUAAUACAAUAGCCCACGUUUUAAAAAAAGUUUGUUGUUAUGAUAUUUGGAGCAACAUCGUAAUCCACGUUUCCAUGGACAACACAGUUGUUAUCAGUGACAUAGUUGAACAGUGCAAAGUUGGUUUCAGUGACAGAACUCCUGAAAACACAGAUUCAGAUUAUAAUCGAAGUUCUUGGAGGCCCCUGCUUUUAAUAAUACCUCUUAGAUUAGGUGUCUCAGAAAUCAAUAUUGCAUACUAUGAUCAGCUCAAGGCAUGUUUGCGACUGAAACAAUCUGCUGGAGUUUUAGGGGGUCGGCCUAAUCAUGCUUUUUGGAUUGUUGGAUAUACAGAAAAUUAUUUCUUCUACUUUGAUCCGCAUACAACCCAACAAGCUGUCAAAUCUUCUCAACCAGCCAGUAGUCUUCAUGAAACAUACCACCUUAAAUAUCCUUCUUCUCACAUACACAUUAAAGAUUUAGAUCCAUCUAUCGCCACAGGAUUUUUUUGCCAAACAGAAGAAGAUUUUACGAAUUUGUGUAGCAACUUCCGGGAGAAUAUUAUAAAAACGUCAAUCAGUCCUAUGUUCGAGCUUCUCCAAACAAGACCUGCUCAUUUUACAGAGUACGAACCAAACGUUCAGGAGGGCAAAUCUGUUGAAGAUUUCGAACAACUAAAAUACGAAGAAGACUUUGAAAUAUUAUGAUGAACACUGAUGGAGUCAAAGAAUCUACUCUUUUUGUUAGACGAUUAAACAUUUCUGACUAUUGCUAUCAACACUUUUUAAUUUCGUUGUUUGAUGAUUACAAUUAUUCACGCAUUAACUGAUUCAAAUCACGUUGAUUAAAUUUUAUUCUAAACGUU